UCCUUACCAUUUAAAUUCCAGCACUUAUUCUGACAUGAUUGUAUAUAUUUUCGACAGUGAUUCCUUUAAAGCACACCGAGAAAGUAUGCGACAGAUGAUGAGAAGUUUUUCUGAACCCUUUGGAAGAGACUUGCUUAGCAUCUCUGACGGUAGAGGAAGAUCUCGUAAUCGUACGGGACAUGAUGAUGGUGAAAAUUUCUUGACUCGUACAGAUGUCAGCCCUUUUCAGGCAGUGGACCGAAUGAUGUUAAAUAUGCGAAACAGUAUGCAGGAAUUACAAAGAAACUUUGGUCAACUUUCAAUGGACCCAAAUGGACAUUCGUUUACUUCUUCCUCAGUUAUGACUUAUUCCAAAGUAGGUGAUGAACCACCAAAGGUUUUCCAGGCCUCAACUCAAAUCCGUCAGGCUCCAGGAGGAGUAAAGGAAACUAGGAAAGCACUGAGAGAUUCUGACAGUGGGCUAGAAAAAAUGGCUGUGGGUCAUCAUCUCCAUGACCGAGCUCAUGUCAUUAAAAAAUUAAAGAACAAGAAGACUGGAGAUGAAGAGGUCAACCAGGAAUUCAUCAACAUGAACGAAAGUGAUGCUCAUGCUUUUGAUGAUGAGUGGCAAAAUGAGAUUUUAAAGUACAAAUCAGGGGGACAGUGGCGCAAUCUAGAAAACACCAGGAUGCGAAGUGUUGGGCAUGAGAAUUCAGGAUCCCGAGAACUUAAAAGAAGGGAGAAAUCUCAUCAAAAUCCAGCCAUUGAACGUGGAAGAAGAUCAGAUGUUUUUGUGGACAAGCUCAACAUCAGAGGGUCACCUGUGAAAAUCAACAAAAAAUAAACGCCACGCAUUUGAUGUGUUCAGUUUGGGUUGUUUUAACAGAGAAAGUAAUGGUGCUGGGUAAUACACAUAAGACCAAUCUCUUCUUGUCAAAUCAAUACUAUACUUAGCAACUUUCUUCUGAUAUGUCAGCGUUUUCUUGGAAGUGCUAGCUUCAUAUUGUCUCGACUUUAGAAAUAAAACUUUGAUUUUCAACUGUGUGACAAAGUUGUUAAACAUUCAAUCAAACUCUUUCAAACGUACUAGUUUUUAAAGCUCACAUGCUGAUGUUGCUUUCCCAGUUAUUUUCCUGUCGGCUGUGUAUUCUUUGAUACAAGAUAAUGUGAAGCUAGUUCUAUGUAAUUAGUUAUAAGAAAGUUAAACGUUAAAAAAAAAUGGCCUCGAUUUUCACUAACACUACUCUAGAGUCAUGUUAAUAAAGUUUAAAAUUAUUUAGCUCAAAUUUUAUAAUGUGUUAUGUAGCUAGCUAGCUUAAAGAUUUUUAAAAAUAAAGCAAAACUAUGCUAGUACUUAUGAGAAAUUGUCAUUUUGAUAAAGAAAAUAAAGGUCAAAUAGUUCAUCUUCAAAGCAAUAUUUUAAAUUGUUAAUAUACAUGAGUUUUCUUAUAGUCUCUUUAUACAGUAUAUUUUUUGUUCUUUAUUACAUUCUUAACAUUUAUCAGGCUUUACAUUGACCUUUCUUUGUAACUUCUUAAGGCAGCAUAUUUCUACUCUCCUUUCCCACAGACAGCUUAAUCUGCCUCCACCGUUAACAUUCUGACGUUGGAGUGUCCUUGGAGAAACUCUGCUCAGCCUUUUUGUGACAUUUAGAAAAAUGCAUUUGGUAUUCUGCAAACCUGAGUGAUUGAUUGUCUCAAAAUUUCUUAGCUAGGUGAUGUGUGUGUUUGAGCAAGGUACUUAAUUCAGUCGGUCCCCUUUUAAUUAUACCAGUAAAAAUUCAGCUCUACCGUUUUUAUUCUAGAAUUCAAGCAUUAACUCGUUUUUAUAAAAAUUACGUUUGAACUUUAUUAGAAUAUAAAAUCUUGUUUCUUGUCUUUGUUGUUUCAAGGGGAAAAAUAGAAGAAGAAAUACACUAUUGCUCUAUAAUCCUGACAUCUUCCUUUUUUGACUUUGAAGUAGAAUUAUGUGAUUGUGCUUAUAAUCAAUCAUCUAGUUUUCUAUAUCAUAUCCUGUUAAUUUUACUAGUCUGUUUCAUGCCUUUAGUCACUAAGAUAAGAUGCACAUAUAUCAAUUAAUUUUUAUAAUGAAAAAUGAUUGUGUAUUAGUUACAGAUGUUAAAAUUUUUCUUUUUUACAUACUUUAGUGUACUAAUAGCAUACUAUAAUACAUUGGGUAGUUGUCAAAAGGCAUAAAUGUUAAAGAACACUUUUGUUUAAAUUCACUGGAUAGAGCAAAAUCUCAAGAAUAGAUACUGUAAUUCUCCUUUUGUAAAUCAUUACACUGAUGAUGACUGGAAUCAUUAUAUUCAAAUAUGAAAACACUUUAAUAAAUGUACUUAAAACAAUA